AUGUCCCUAUUCAUCGAAGACGAUGAUGACGAGGUAGUAGCGGAAUCAAACACCGACCUUGUGCUAGAUGUCGAUAACGGAGAUGAAGCAAACCGCGAGAAGAAUGGUAAAAGUCUGGGCAAUGCGAGGAGCCCUCCCUCGAUUCCGGUGCAGUAUCGCGAAGACGACCUUGUUCCCGUAUACCCCGACCGCGAGAUCAAUUGCGCCUUGCCUUUGAAGUACCAGCAGGAGAUCGUCGAGGACAUGUUGACCAAGGAUGCUCUUUUGAUUUUGGGAAGAGGCUUGGGCUGGGAAUUGCUCACGGCAAACUUGCUACACGCGUUGAGCUCGCCAGUGGUGGAGUUGGGAAAGUCGCAGAAAAAGAAAAGCCUAGUCUUUGUUCUCAAUGCUCGAGAUGACGAGAUCGUUCGGUUAAAGGAUGAGUUUGGCGACCUUAGCUGGUUGAACAACGGCAUAAUGGGCAAAUUUGUCGUGAUGGCGGGGGACUCGCUGUCGUCGAAGCGGAAAGCUGCCUAUCAAGAAGGCGGCAUAAUCUCAAUCUCAACGCGGGUUUUGGUUGUCGAUAUGCUCUCCGGAAUGGUGGAUCCAAACGAUAUUACGGGCUUCUUUGUGCUCCAUGCUGAGAGGAUCCGGGAAACUUCCAACGAUGCGUUUAUUAUCAACUUAUUCCGCGACAAGAAUGACUGGGGGUUCAUCAAGGCCUUUUCCGAUGAGCCUGAACUGUUUACCGGCUUCACGCCGUUGGCAACACGGCUAAGGGUUUUGAGGCUAGAAAAUGUGCUUCUUUGGCCCCGGUUUCACGUUGCUGUGACCCAGUCGUUUAAUUACCACCACCGCAAGAAGGACACCAGGAAGUUUGUCACGGAGAUAAAUGUGAAGCUCUCCUACAAAAUGAGCAAAAUCCAAGCUGCGCUUUUAACCUGCACCCAGGCCUGCAUUGGCGAAUUAAAGCGCCACAACCCAUCAUUGGCAACCGAAUAUUGGGACAUGGAAAAUGUCCACGAUCCCGACUUUGCGAAAAAGGUUCGCCAUUCGUUGGACUCCCAGUGGCACAGGUUGACGUUUACAACAAAACAGUUGUUAUCGGAUCUUGCGACGAUUAUUGAUUUGAUGAAUGCGUUGCUCACUGUUGACUCCAUAGCGUUUUACCAGACAAUCAAGAACAUCGUGGACUCGAAUAUAAAGCAGCAGUCAACAGGAUUGAACCGAUCAAUGAGUCCAUGGUUGAACCUUGACGAGUCACAGACUGUGAUCAGCUACGCCAAGGAGAGAGCAAUUGGGCAACAGAAUGGGGAGUACAUCCUCGAGGAGUUGCCGAAAUGGCCACAACUUGCAAAUCUUUUAGAUGACAUUUUGCGCGAAAAGAGCUCCAAUACUAAUGAUAGUAAUAGUAGUAGUAAUGAUGGCCCCAUCUUGAUCAUGUGCACCAGCAAGAAAGUCGCCCACCAAUUGCGCAAGCUCUUGUUGUUCAUGAAGCAGGAAUCACAAGGAGACCGGCGACGAUGGGUUGACUUUAGGCCAUAUAUGAUCUCCAGAUUGCACGCAUACCUCAGUUGGAAGGAAGUCAACAAAAUGGUGAUGAAGCUAAACUCCGAGCUCAAUGAGAAUCCCGAGGAAAACGUAAACAGAGACGCAGCGGAAAUCACAGUUUCGAAAACCUUUUCUAGGAAUGGACAGCCCGUGAGCAAGAGGAGGAGGACGCGAGGUGCGUCAGUUGCAGCUAGAGUCGAGCAGUUGCAUUCAAUCGGUAACAUUGAGGACAAGGCGCAAGAAGACGAAGACAUAAAGAGGUUUGUGGACGAUGCAGAACUUGGGGAACUCGGGGAGUCUGAGGAAUUUGAAGGACUUGAUGGUGCUGAUGGUGCUGAAGGUGUUGAAGUCGGUGACGUACAGCCUGAAUUUGUGAGUAUGGACUGCAACACCCAGAUCAUCAUUCAGGUCUACAAUGACAAGUUCAGUGCAUCCUUUUUGGAAGAGCUAGCGCCAUCGCAUGUGAUCAUGUACCAGCCAGAUCUCUCGUUCAUCAGAAGAGUAGAGAUAUUCCAGGCAAUCAACCGAGAUUCUACAGCAAAAGUGUACUUUAUGUACUAUGGUGACUCGAUUGAAGAGCAGAAGCAUCUAUUGAGAAUCAAAAAGGAAAAAGAGGCGUUUACAAGGUUGAUAAAAGAAAAGGCAAACUUGAGCAAGCAUUUUGAAACCUCGGAUGACAACUACAAAUUCCAGAUCAAGCGCAACCUGGUCGUGAAUACAAGGAUCGCCGGCGGUGCCCAAUUUCGAACCGAGAGUGACGAGAUGCGUGUCGUGGUGGACGUCAGAGAAUUUGGGUCCUCGUUGCCCAAUUUGCUCUACCGGAUUGGGAUACAGGUGAUCCCUUGCAUGAUAACCGUGGGCGACUACAUCGUUUCGCCCAGAAUCUGCGUAGAAAGAAAAUCUAUUCCAGACUUGAUAUCCAGUUUUAAGAGCGGGCGGCUUUACAACCAGUGUGAGCAGAUGUUUCGGUACUACGAUGUACCGACCUUGCUAAUUGAGUUUGAUGAGAACAAGUCUUUCUCCCUCGAGCCAUUUAGUGAGGCCAAAUUCUUGAAAGCGAAAAACAACGCGGUAAGCUCGAUGGAUCCGAAAAUGAGGCAGAAUUUGCAAUCACAAAUCCUUUCCUUGCUCUACUCGUUCCCCAAAUUGAAAAUCAUAUGGUCCUCGUCUCCAUAUGAAACCGCUCAGAUUUUUUUGGAGCUCAAGUCGAACCAAGAGGAGCCCGAUGUGGGGGCGGCGUUGGACAAAGGUGUCAACCGUGGCGUGGCUACUCAAGACGGCGGGCCGCCUGUUUACAACGAUGACCCGAUCGACUUUAUCCAGAACAUUCCUGGCAUAAACAAUCUCAAUUGCCACGCUAUCAUCCAAAAAGUUAGAAACAUCGAAGAGUUGGUCAAGUUGUCAGAGGAUGAAUUUAAAGCUAUAUUAGGAAACGAAAAUGGCCGGAAAGCACACGCUUUUUUGAACAGGAAGUUGUAUUAA